AUGUUACGAAACAAUGUCUUGGUGGACUGGUACAAGGGGGAAUGGAUGUCAUCGCACCCGGUUGGCCUGGACUACCCCCUGAACAUCACAUGCCCUCCCGUCCAACCUACAUCGAACUCGACCGCCGCAGGAGGCUCUUGUACUCUCGGCACGAACCCCGUAUACGCCGUUAACGUGACGGAUACCGACGACAUCGUCGCCGCCCUUCAGUUCGCAGAGGAGAAGAACCUGAGAGUCGUGGUCAAAAGCACCGGGCACGAUGUCCUCGGCCGCAGCGACGGCUUCGGCGGCUUGGAGAUUUGGCUUCGCUACUUCCGCAACGGCAUCACCCCGCAAACCUCGUUCCAGUCCUCCACCGGCUGUGCGGCAUCGGGAUGGGCCGGCAGUGCCAUGAAGCUUGCCGGUGCGUACAUGUGGGGUGAGAGCUACGCAGCCGCAAAGGAGAACAAUGUCGUCGUCGUAGGCGGAGGAAGCUCAACCGUCUGCAGCACGGGAGGUUGGAUGCAGGGCGGCGGCCACGGCCCGGCCAGCCAUACUUUCGGUCUCGGCGCUGACCAGGUGCUCGAGGCUGAGCUGAUCCUCGCAAACGGUACCGCUGUCACGGUUAACGCCUGCCAGCAUCAGGACCUUUACUAUGCCAUUCGUGGCGGAGGUCCCAGCUCCUACGGUGUUGUCGUGUCAACUACGGUCAAGACGUACCCGCAGGUCACUGUGGCCGUUCAGAACCUCCAGUUCGCGGCCCCUACUGGAACCUCCAAGAUCGCUUUUAUGGAUGCGCUCGCGACUCUCUACACCUCGAUCCCGGAAUUGGUGGAGGCUGGUUUUGCCGGCUACAGCCACUGGCAGGUUGACGGCCAGUCUGCUUCUUUCAACAACUACACUACGGCGUAUUCUCACGCCAUCUACGUCUUCAAUAAGACCGCUGAGGAGGCAGAAGCCGCGGGCAAGAGCCUUCUUGACAAGAUUCACAAGUUCAACGACACCCUCUUUGUUAACUCGAGCUAUGUGGCUUUUGACGACUACUGGACCUUCUUCAAGGAGGUCAGCGCCGAUAAUAACCCUGUCGGUCUCAUGGCCGCCUCUGGAUCUCGCCUCCUCGACACGGAUGCCGUCAACAACUUCACGAGCGUCCGUGAUCUUGUCGAGACCCUGGCCGGAAAGACGGGCGAAUAUGUCACAAACGUCAUCUCUAUCGUCUCGGGCGGCCAAGUCUGGGCCGAUGCAGCUCAGGAGUACUCCGCCGUUCUGCCCGCCUGGCGGACGGCUGUCUUGCAUCAGUCUGUCGCGCGUAUUCUCAGCCCCGGUGUCAGCGAUGCUCGCUUUCAAGAGGUCCAUGACGACGUCACAUUUAACAAGAUUGGCGCCAUGAAGAUCUUGGCCCCGAACAUGGGAUCGUACAUGAACGAGGGUGAUGCUUUUGAUCCUGAUUGGAAGGUGGAUUACUACGGUGUCAAUUACAACAGGCUUCAGUGUAUCAAGGAGUACUACGACCCCGGAGAGCUCUUCUACUGUCCGACUUGUGUCGGAAGCGAUAAGUGGCAAGAAGACCCUGUCGGACGUUUGUGCCGCGCGUAG